ACCAAAACACUUUCUUUUUUGCAUUUCCCUUUAUUUCUACCCCAAAAAAACGCGACUCUCUCUCUCUCUCUCUCUUUUAUCGAACGAACGAACGAACGAAAUCCGACUGCGAAGAGAACAAAUCCACUCGAGAAAACGGAUCCGAAUAACAGAUACAACAGAAAAACCCUAGCCCUAGCCCUACCCUUACCCUUACCCCAAGCCGUAGCGGCGACUCCGUCGUCUUCUUCGUCCGGGAUUUAUCUCUUCGUAUCCUCCAUUUAUAGCUGUCUGUCGGCGCUAGGGUUCGAAGAAUAGGUAACGGCUAGGGUUAGGGUUUGAAGUGAUGGAAUGUAGUGGUGGACGGUGGAGGGGAUGACGGGAGGGAGAUGUCACCAGCGGACGAAGAUGAUGGGUAGGGGAGCGGCCGUAGGCUGCGGCACAGAGCAGAAGGCCUGCCCAAUUUCUAGGGUUCCGGCCAAAUUGCCGGCGGAGGAGGCCGCCGGGAUAGAGAAGCCGGCGCAUGCGGGGUUGGAUUUGUACGCUCAGGCUCGGAAGGCGCUGUGCGAGCGUUCGCCGUUUGAUACCGAGGAAGCUCAGGUGUCUACUGUCACCACUCUGCCCAGUGGGUUGGCCAGGUUCUUGUCGAAGCAUUCGGAUGGUCGGAAACGGCACAAGAGGGUCCAUUCGGGUGGGGAGGCGAAGUCGUCGCGGGUGGGUGGGGCGGUGAAGGCCCGGGGGCCCAACAUUUGGGCCGAGGCUGAGCAGUACUUUAGGGAAUUGACCGGGGACGACAUUGAUAAGUUGCAGGAGUUGUCUUAUUUUGCGUUUUCAGACAAGAAGUGUUUUUCAAUUCCAGUUUUAGGGAAUUCGGUUAGAGGCGAUGCAAGCAAUGGUGAUAAUGUGAACGACGUUAAUGGUAACGGGCCGAAUGGGGUUGGGUCUGAUUGUGGGCUAGUUGUUAAAGAGGAGCUCGAGCAGUCGAUGGAAGUUGAUCAGGUAGGAGCUAUUACGUCGCUUCAAGAAGAAAAGUCUUCCUCUUCUUUGCCGCCAGCAACACCAUGUAGUGGAUUAGAGUGGCUUUUAGGUUCUAGGAAUAAGGUUUAUCUCACAUCUGAUCGGCCUUCAAAGAAACGGAAGCUUUUGGGUUGUGAGGCAGGAUUAGAAAAGCUUCUUGUUGCACGUCCAAUUGAAGGGUCGUCGUCCCUUUGUCACUAUUGUAGCCUGGGGGACACGGGCAACCAGUUGAACUGUUUAGUUGUUUGCACUUCUUGUAAUGUAGCAGUUCAUGAGAGGUGCUAUGGCGUCCAAGAUGAUGUGCCUGGAUCUUGGUUGUGUUCUUGGUGUAAGCAGAAGAAUGCAGUCCCAAUCUCUGACAGACCUUGUUUGCUCUGCCCAAAGCAGGGUGGUGCAUUAAAACAAGUUAGAAAGAUUGGCGAUCAAAGUGGAAAUAGCGGGCCAAUCGGAUUUGCUCACUUGUUCUGCUGUCAAUGGAUGCCUGAGGUUUACAUACAGGAUACAAGAACUAUGGAGCCAAUUGUGAACAUUGAGGGAAUUAAGGAAACACGUAGAAAAUUGAUUUGUUCUUUAUGCAAGGUGAAGUAUGGUGCCUGUGUUCGGUGCAGUAAUGGAGCAUGUAGAACUUCAUUCCAUCCUAUAUGUGCAAGGGAGGCAAGACACAGAAUGGAGAUCUGGGGAAAAUUUGGAUGUGAUGAUGUUGAGUUACGGGCCUUCUGCUCAAAGCACUCGGAAGUCCAGAAUGGCAGCACCACCCAGCAGUCAGGAGUUGGCUCUGAUUCAUAUGUCACAAAGCAUCAACCAGUGGGAACAACAGUAAACAAACUGCAGAAGUUGAAAUUUGGCAGGAAAAGUGGGGAUAAAAUCACCGUUCACGUUGUAGAAACUGAUACUAAUGUCAGUAAAUUGGGAAAUAGUGCAACACACGGGGAAGGAUUGUCUGAUGCUAGAUCUUAUUCUCUACUUCAGCCUGAAUGUGGUGAUUCUAAACAGUCUUCUAGUGCCGAUACAUUGGAGAGGAGAACUAAUGAAGAACCUAAUGCAUCUGAUUCCCUGGAUUUUACUGCCAUUCUAAAGAAGCUAAUUGAUAGAGGAAAAGUCAAUACAGAGGAUGUAGCCUCAGAGAUUGGUGUUUCACCCGAUUCCUUGUCCUCAAUGCUUUCUGAUGACUGCUUGGUCCCUGAAUUGCGUUGCAAAAUAGUGGCAUGGCUUAGAAAUCAUGCUUAUGUUGGUAUGUUACCAAAAAAUCUGAAAGUCCGAAUUAAAUCAUCAAUUGCAUCCAAAGAUGAUAAGGGAGCUGCGGGAAAUUCUGAUGCUGUUAUUGCAUCAGAUUCUGAUAUCCCCGAUGUUGUGUCUGUUCCGCCACGGAGGAGAACCAAAAGCAACAUCAGGAUUUUGAAGGAUAACAAAGUGAAGGAAACAAUUAAUGAUGAUGGAAUAAUAAUGGAUGCGGCUAAAAGAGGUCAAUUUAUCAGUGAAAGUCCAGAUUAUUCAAGUAAAGCAUCUGUUUCUGAUGCCAUUGUGAAGAAUCUGGUGGAGCCUAAUGGGAUCCACGAUACUUUGGCAAGCCAUUCACCUGAGAAUGAAGGUGGUCCAGCAGAGGGGGCUGCUAUCAUUGAGCAGAAAUUGACACCAAACUUAGAACCUGGCGAUCCUAUUUUUUCUGUUACCACUGAUAUCAUAAAAUCUGAAGCUGUAUCUGGUACAUACAUUCACCCACACAUUCAGAACAAAAUGAUUAAAAUCCAGAAUUUGGUACUUUCUGAUAAUGCGUCUUCUGAGAUUGAUGGGGACCGAGAAAUUGCUCCCGAGGAGCCAUCUUCUGCUUCUGGCAUCUGUUGUUAUCAGCAAAGUCAACAUUUAAGUCCCAGUGACAUGAUUCCUGAAUCCGAUGGAGCAAAUCUCAAACAGUUGGUUAAGGCCAAGAAUAUGGGCAUUCUAGACAUGUGUCCGGAAGAUGAGGCGGAAGGGGAACUGAUUUUUUACCAGCAUAGGCUACUUUGCAAUGUGGGUGCAAGGAAGCACCUUAUUGAUGGUUUGGUUAACAAGGUUGGAAAGAGUCUACCAUGGGAGAUUGAUGCUGUAAGGAAGCAAAAAUGGGAUGCUGUAAUAGUCAACCAAUAUCUUCAUGAGCUUAGAGAAGCAAAAAAACAGGGACGGAAAGAGAGAAGGCAUAAGGAAGCUCAGGCCGUCCUUGCUGCUGCAACUGCAGCUGCUGCAGCAUCUUCACGGGUCUCAUCAUUUAGGAAAGAUACACUAGAUGAAUCUGCUCACCAAGAGAACCUUUUCAAAGUGAAAACUUCAACUGGAAGAGCUGGACUGUAUUCUCAGCAGAUUCCACGGGUGAAGGAGACACUUCCACAUGGUUUAUCAGAAGUGAGCUCUGAUGUGGCCCAAACAAUCUCAUCGGGUUUCUGUAAAGAAGAUCCUCGAACUUGUGAUAUCUGCAGGCGUUUUGAGACAAUUUUGAACCCAAUCCUCAUCUGUUCAAAUUGCAAGGUUGCAGUUCAUUUGGAUUGCUACCAUAGUGUUAAAGAUUCUACUGGUCCAUGGUAUUGUGAAUUGUGUGAGGAUCUAUUGUCAUCUAGAAGCAUUGGACCUUCAGCUAUCAAUUCAUUGGAGAAGCCAUAUUUUGCAGCAAAAUGUGGUUUAUGUGGUGGCAGUGGUGGUGCUUUUAGAAGGUCAAUGGAUGACCAAUGGGUCCAUGCCUUCUGCGCUGAGUGGGUGUUAGAAUCAACAUUCAGAAGGGGGCAAGUGAAUCCUAUUGUUGGACUGGAAUCUGUCUUGAAAGGAAAUGACAUUUGUCAUAUCUGCCAUCACAAGCAAGGUGUCUGCAUAAAGUGCAAUUAUGGUUUUUGUCAGAGCAUGUUUCACCCCUUUUGUGCUAGAAGUUCUGGCUUGUACAUGAAUGUUAAGAUUAGUAGUGGCAAAUUUCAGCACAAGGCAUAUUGUGAAAAGCACAGCCUGGAGCAGAGAGCGAAGGCGGAAAUUCAGAAACCUGGAAAUGAAGAAUUGAAGAGUCUUAAGCAAAUUAGGGUUGAAUUAGAGAGAUUACGCCUACUUUGUGAGAGAAUUAUCAAACGUGAGAAAUUAAAGCGCGAGUUGGUCCUGUGCUCACAAAACAUACUUGUUUCCAAUAGAGAUACUGUUGCAUUGUCUGCACUUGUUCGCAGCCCUUUAUUCACAGCUGAUAUUAGUUCAGAAUCAGCUACGACCUCCCUCAGAGGGAAUACAGAUGAUUGCAGAUCUGGCAGUGAUACAAUCCAAAGAUCAGAUGACAUUACUGUUGACAGCACAGUUUCGGGUAAACGCCGGAUUAAGUUUCCCGUGUCAAUGGAUAAUGACCAGAAAACAGAUGACAGCUCUACAUCUCAACAGCCCUUAAUGAAAAAGCCUAGGGAGAGGGUAUCAUUUUCUGGGAAACAAAUCCCACAUAGACCUUCAUUUCUUGCAUCUCAGAAUCGUUUGGUUGAUGGGGAAAAGAGGUCAACUUCUAGAAAGGGAUAAUUUCUUACAUAUCAUGUGAUGAUGAUUCAGUGGAAACUCAUGUUCACUGAAUGAAGAUGUUAGCUGGUGCUUGUGAAUCACACAGCAUACAGAAACAUUUGUAAAGGAGCUUAUAAAGAUGUCUGAUGAAGCAUCAUCUGAAGAAUCAGCUAUUACUGAAGGGAUUUGUUUAUGUUCCCAUAUGAGGUGUUCCAAACAGACAACUUUGCAGAUGGCAAACAAGUGGAACAUGAUGGGUAAACCUGGGGUAUAUGCUUUCCAGCAUUGAUCAUCCCGUUCAAGGACAUCAAUCAUAUACCCUGGUUAGGUGUUUCCUGCCUGGAUGGUGCCAUAUUUUUUCCUGAUUUGAAACUGAACGAGAAUGGCAGAUAUUACACCGAGAUAGGGUCCUGGCCAGGGGGUCCUUAUUAGGGUUGUUCUGGUUUGGGUAAGGCAGUUUGUUAUCCUUGUUGUACAUUCAUUGUGAAAGAAAACUGUACAGAGGGUUAGGGUUUGUUACAGUUGCAUGUGAUCAAGUGGCUCAAAUUGCUUUGUCGUGAUGCUUGUUUUUCCUGUUGAAGGGCAAAGUAGAAGCUCUGCUUUCUCUUUUACUCAUCAUAUGUGAUGGUCAGAAGGUAUUCCCCUACUGUGCAGGCUCUGUAAAGUUUUAAGUGUAUAUAGUCAUAGAACGGGCAGCAUUGGAUUGAUAGAAGGCAAUCUAAAUUAUUUGACAAAAAGACAAGGACCUUCAUUGGUCCUGCUUGGUUGGGGGGUGUUUGCUUUUGGCCUUAUUCAUCUAUGCCAAUUUAUCAUGAA